AUAAAGCUCGUUCGUCGGUCCUUGAAGCUAGCUCUUGGCAGCCGGCGUAUGACUCCUUGCGUCAACAGAUCAUUUAAUCUCAAAGUUUUGUUCAGCCACCAACUUCUUGAGCGCUGAUGCUACUGAAACCCUGUCGUUAAUACUCACUGCUGAUGCUUCUUGCGAUCUUGUCGCCAAUCACGCCCGCCAUUCAAGCGCUCCGCUACGAUUAUCGAAAUGGAGAAGUUCAUCACGUCAGACGGGAGUGAUCUUGACACAAUCCUCACAGGCACCAGAUUUUUCACGGUGAGAACGGCGAUGUCGGAGUAAGCUCGUUCAGACACUCUUGUGGUUGCGCUGUUCUCAAAGACUAGAAAUAGCCUCAUGGACGGAUCAUAUGCCGAUUACGAAGUCAAGUGCGAAGACACAGUGUGGAGAGUUCACCGCGCGAUCCUCGGGCCCAGAUCGGCUUUCUUCGCCACAUGCUUCGAGAACUUUCACGAAUCAACAUGUGGCUCCGUUGAGCUCAAGGAAGUCGCCGGCGGUGCGCCGAUCGUCGAAAUGGCCCUCAAAUAUGUCUACACCCUGGAGUACCCCCGUGACACCAAAUGUCAGCCCUUCACACAUCACGCCCUGCUCUUCAUUUUCGCGGAUGUCUAUCAGAUCCCUGAUCUCAGCCUCAUGGCAACUGCGGAGUUUCGCAAACAGACCUUACGAAGUUCGACGAAGCUGUCUUUGAAAGACAUUUUCCAGAGCACGAGGAUUCUGUACACUCUCUGUGCAGGUCACCAUCUGAUACACCGAAUUUGUGCCAUUAUCUUCAGCAGUGUGGUAAAAAAAGUGUACGCACGAGGAAGCAAGGAGCUAGUCGAGCAUCUACAAGGUCUGCUUGAAUCCAUGCCGCGCAUCUCUGCGCAGCUUUGCAAGACACUUGCGAUGGCGCCCCAAGGCGGGGGAUCAGAGCCCAUUGCAAGCCAUGCCUCUGAAUGUUGGGAGGAGGAGCCAAUGGCAAAGCACAUACUACAAAGUAAGCACGAGCUGCGUUGAGUCCUGUCAUACCUCUGCCAUGCUCUCGAAUAAAAGCGUUCACAGGUAUCAUUUGAGUUCUCCCGUAAUGAACAUGGCAUUGUACGGGCUGCUCAAGCUGUGGAACGAGAGCAUCAGUAGUUCCUA